AUGUGGCGCACAGUUGUGGAGGAAGGAUUGUUCCGUAACUCACCCUUCUUGGAAAGAAUAGAGCAUAAGCUGUCUCGUUUUCGCUCCGAAGCGGGCGAGCUGCGAACAGAGACCCACCGUGCCACAACUUUUCUUCUGCAGUUGAAGGGCAUAAUAACUGGUCUAUCCUUACAAAUUGCUUAUUUGUGCGAAGAGGUUAACCAACUUCGCGCCACAAUCUCAACCACCACAACCGAAGAGCGCAAGAAACUUCGGAACGAACGCCGCUAUGUUCCCACCGGUCAAGUUAGCAUCACCAACCCUGCCAGCAUGAUUGCUGUCUCUCAGAGUUCCGUGGACGAGGUUGCACAUUCCUCCCCUGUGAGUGCAUACCACACCGAGACUACGGGAGACACAGACCGUUCUCUGCGCUCAGAAUACACUCCUGAGGCACCUUCGGAAGAUGGAUCCACGCUUUCACACUGUGACAAUACGUCUACAGCGUUACACACAAAAUUUUCCACCUUGACAAACUCGAAUACCGGAGAUGCGGAUUCGAAACAUCGUUCUGCAGACGUAAAUGCCGAAGAAGCAGGCACGGACACCUUGAAGAAUGAUUCCAGUGCCGUAUGUCCACCAUUGUACAUCAGUUCAGAACCUGGAGGGGGAAUAGCUCCCCAGAAGCAUCCAUUACCUUUCGAUGCGACACUCUAUCAUAUCCUCCGUCGCAUUCAUCACGAUCUGAAUGCCAAGGGGCACAGCCACCCUCUCCUGCCAGCAGUUGCAGAAUAUGCCCGUGCUCCUCACUGCGUUGAGCUCGAGCCUCUCUUCAGGAGGUACGAAGCGGUUACAUCGACGACGCCAUCGGGAAGUCUGGAGGUGCAGACGACCAGAGAAUGA